UGAGAGCCUGAAACCUAUGGGGAAGGAAUAAAAAAAGACGUUCAGUACCGUCGCACUCUGUACCGUAAGACCAAUAUUUCUGAGCAGCUCGCUGCUCCGGGACUUUAGUUGAGACGCCGAAAUUUGACAACGGUUAGGCUAAAUUCGGUGUCACCGUAAAGCAGCGAAUUCGUAGAAGAAGACGGUGGCAACUGGCAGAUUUUCCGUUGGACCGUCUGUAGGCUAGGGUAUAUCGAGGGAGCCGCCAUGGCAGUCGGAUCAUUGAGCCUCCACAUCGGGAUAUGAAGAGGAACUGCAUGUGUCCCAAAUCGACAAGAAAACGCCACAUUUACCUUUGAUCCUCCCUGGAUCGACGUCUGAACUAACACGUCCUCAUCUUCGUGGAAUUCGUCCAAAAAAAAGAAUUCGCAAUUGGUUUUAAAACGAGGGGGCCACAGGGAGAGGCCAGAUUCAUGACUAUUUUAGUCGGAGACGUGUCUUCUGAGGCCCGUUGAAAGAAAACCUGGAAUAUAAAGAGGAAACAAUGCUCUGAUUGACCGUCGAUGGGAAAGCAAGGCUAGUUUAUUAGGUGUUAUAAAGUAGUGUGAACCGAUAGUGGGACAAAAAGGGUCUAUUUUUGCCUUCCCCUUCCAGUUAAUCAUAGUAAUAUUCCUUUACUGUCAUCCUUUUUGGAUGAGAAAGUCAGGCGAGUCGACCAGCCCUGUCGUUUAAAAAGUAACUGUCUCCGUAACGAGAGAAUCAAAGGAAUUGGAUCAUGUCGGGCCGGCCCAGGACCACAUCCUUCGCAGAGAGCUGCAAACCAGUGCCGCAGCCCUCUGCUUUCGGCAGCAUGAAAGUCAGCAGAGAUAAAGAUGGCAGCAAGGUAACGACAGUUGUGGCCACUCCGGGUCAAGGCCCCGACCGGCCACAGGAAGUGAGCUACACAGACACCAAGGUCAUCGGAAACGGCUCCUUCGGUGUGGUCUACCAAGCUAAACUCUGCGACUCUGGAGAGCUAGUAGCCAUCAAGAAGGUCCUCCAAGACAAGAGAUUUAAGAACCGCGAGCUGCAGAUCAUGAGGAAGCUGGACCACUGCAACAUCGUCCGCCUGCGCUACUUCUUCUACUCCAGCGGAGACAAGAAAGAUGAGGUGUAUUUGAAUCUGGUUCUGGACUACGUGCCUGAGACAGUCUACAGAGUGGCCAGACAUUACAGCCGAGCCAAACAGACGCUGCCCAUGGUUUACGUAAAGUUGUACAUGUACCAGCUGUUCCGGAGUCUGGCCUACAUCCACUCGUUUGGCAUCUGCCACCGGGACAUCAAGCCCCAGAACCUGCUGCUGGACCCGGAGACGGCCGUGCUCAAGCUCUGCGACUUUGGCAGUGCGAAGCAGCUGGUCCGUGGAGAGCCUAACGUGUCCUACAUCUGCUCCCGCUACUACCGAGCUCCCGAGCUCAUUUUUGGCGCCACUGACUACACCUCCAGCAUAGAUGUCUGGUCAGCCGGCUGCGUACUGGCAGAGCUGUUGCUAGGACAACCGAUCUUCCCAGGCGACAGUGGAGUGGAUCAGUUGGUGGAAAUCAUCAAGGUUCUCGGCACCCCGACCAGAGAGCAGAUCCGCGAGAUGAACCCCAACUACACCGAGUUCAAAUUCCCCCAGAUCAAGGCACAUCCAUGGACUAAGGUGAGUCAACAGGUCUUCCGGCCCCGCACGCCUCCAGAGGCCAUCGCCCUGUGCUCCCGCCUGCUGGAGUACACGCCCACGGCCCGCCUCACCCCCCUGGAGGCCUGCGCACACUCAUUCUUCGACGAGCUGCGCGACCCCAACGUCAAGCUGCCCAACGGGAGGGAGAAGCCCUCGCUCUUCAACUUCACCACCCAGGAGCUAUCCAGUAAUCCCUCGUUGGCCUCCAUACUCAUCCCUGCCCACGCCCGCAGCCAGGCUUCUGCCUCCACCCCAACCAACGCGUCUGCCACCACAGACGGCAGCAGCACAGAGCGAGGCCCCAGCACCACCACCGCCUCCGCCUCCGCCUCCAACUCCACCUCCUGA